AUGAAUGAUGCUGAGGCUGCUAUGUUAGAAACUGGAGAAAAUAGUCAAAAAAAAGACGAUUCAUGUCCUCGUCGACUUCGUGUUUUUACAUUAAGUCUUGCAUUAACUGUUCCCAUAUCAAUGAUUGUUAUGGGAAGUCUAUAUAUAGAUCGGUAUUCAAAGUCAACUUAUCCUCCCCCACAUCCUCCGCCACAUCCUCCACCGCAUCCUCCGUCACCGUCACCAUCACAUGAUCCUCCUCUAUCACCACCACCACCACCACCACCACUAUUAGCAUUGUAA